AUGUUUCUGUCUCUGCCUACGAUGACUGUACUCAUCCCUGUGUUGUCUUUAGCUGGCCUGUUUUAUUCAGCCAGUGUUGAUGAAAACUUUCCUCAGGGCUGCACAAGUACAACCAGCCUGUGUUUCUACAGCCUGCUGCUUCCAGUUACCAUACCAGUUUAUGUGUUCUUCCACCUCUGGACCUGGAUGGGCCUUAAACUCUUUCGCCACAACUAGGUUAGGCUGAAAUGAGUGGACAUGGGCUAAAAGAUGUGCUUUGCUUUAUCUGUUUGCAGUAGGAUUUGAAGCCAUCCCUAACAAGCAGCAGACUUAACACAUGGAAAUAAGCAUCCACACAAGCAAAUAGAAAACUUGCUUUUACUCUUCCCAUUCCCAACCAAAUCCACAGGAAUAAUGAUGAGUUAUACAGAUAAGGUGGAUGAAAUGCACUACGUAAUUUCACUACCUGUCUACCUUGCCCAAAAGAAAGGGACUACAUUUCCAUCUUUGGACCUGUAUAGUCAACCCUGUGCAGAAAUAUACCAUGGUAGAACUUAACGUGUUACCAGAUACUUUCAAGCAAUUAUCACAGUUCCUUGGAAGAAUGGCAUUUCAUGCAGAAUAAUACCUGAUGUCACCCUAAAUGGAUUUUCUGUCAUGACCCUAUUGUGUUUUCAGGAUGCCUUUUUUAAUUGUUGGACAUGGUGAUAAUAGAUAGUAGUCAGGAUUUUUCUUUCAUUAAGAUGCACUGUUUUCUGCCCUUAGAUUUUACGCUUGAAUUAAUGAUAUUAACAGAUUGUGAUCAAAACAGAACAAAAAGGGAUUCAAAAGCAAUUAUUUCCCAUUAAUAAAGCAACUGAAAAACCAGGUAGAUAUGUAAUUAUUAUUUUGCUCAAUGCUUUAUUUGAAUUUUCACCUUAAAGGGGGAUAACCCUCUCACCUACAAUUUCCCAUGACAUACUAAUCUGAUUCCAGAGAGGGUUUCCAGGAAUUCAAUAUGUCCUCUGGGUGUCAGUAUUAUAGGGAAAUGGGUUGCAUUAAGAAUGGGUUUUGCCCUUCUAGUUCUAAUAAGGAAUAUCCAGCAUUAGAUUUAGUUCAGAGGUUUCUUUUUUAAAAGAUCAUAAAUAUUCGUCCUGUUGAUUAGUGCCUGUAUGUCAUCUCCAGCAUGUGGCAACCCUAAGGGGUUUUUUUGACAGGAUUUUGAUCACAGACCCUUUUAGUAUUAAACGCAUUAUGAGGCUGAGAGAAUGACUUGGCCAAGUUUACCCUGUGGGUUUCUAUGGUAGACUGGAGAUUCAGACUCUUUUUUUCAGUACUAGUGCUGUGGUCAAACCACUAGACCAUGUUACUAGUUAUGUAUAAAAUAUGCCUAACUGGACAUUCAGCUUCAUUUACAUUAAAUUCCAAAGUCACCACA